GCCUUCUAAUUUUUUGUAUUUUCUAAAUUACCCUUGGCUACGACGCAGAUAGCAGCCAAAUUUCUUCCCCUACACGUAGGAAAGCGAACAUUAUUACGUCUUAUUUGCCCUUUAUAUUAUUUUUAAUUUGCAGGUUUCUUCCCUCGACUUUCCGCUCUGCAACCUAAACCCCUUUGUUUACUAUUUCUUCUAAUCUUCCGUUUACAGCUAGAACAACAACAAAACAAACUCCUUGAAGUGAUUCAAAAGGUUGAAUCUAUCUCUUCUUCUCUUUAGCAUAUUGGAUUAGAGAUUAGACUCUCCUUGAGUUGGUGGUGUUAGAUAUCGUUAAUUCAUGGCGGCCGUCCAGCAAGAACCGGAUCGAAACAUCUCGGCUGGUGACUCUACUGAGUCACUGAACAUAUUGACCCUGAAUGCAGAAGAGAAACCUGCUGAUCCAGAUAACUUGGAGGACCAGCCUCUUUCCAUCAAAGAUGAGCAGAUGGUUCCUCCUAAUCAUUCUCAGGAUGCAGCCCCCACUGGUGCCCCUAGAGAUGCCACAGGUCAAUCAACAUCUUUAGGUGCAGCUGGAGAUUGGAGCACUGUCUACCAACCCAAUAUUUAUGCACCUCAGGCCCAUACAUUCUACUAUGGAGGUUAUGACAAUGGGAUUGGUGAAUGGGAUGAAUAUCCUCACUAUGUUAAUGCAGAAGGCUUGGAAAUUGGUUCUCCUGGCAUCUACAGCGAAAGUCCAUCACUUGUAUUCCAUAAUGGUUUUGGGUACAAUCCUCAGAUUCCAUAUGGGCCAUAUUCACCGGUUACAACUCCUCAUCCAUCUGUGAGGGGAGAUGGCCAGCCAUACUCUCCACAGCAAUUCCCGUUCGCAGGUCAGCCUUAUUACCAGCAACCAGUUCCUCCUAGUAUGCCGUAUAUUUCCUCACCAACCCCAGUUUCACAAGCUGAGUUGACAAUGCCUGUUAGCAUAGAUCAACAAGGGGAUGGGAUGCUUUUUGGGCCUAGACCUGGUUAUCCUCCAUUCAGUUCUUUUGGUAUCGGAAACAGUUUUAAUGGAAAUUCUGCUAGUGGCAGUUUCUAUGAUUUGCGGCAAGGGUAUGAGGGAUUUGGAUCUGGUGCACCCUGGUCAUAUUGGUCAAAACCCACAGAUGGGCAGAGGUCUUUCUCACCUUUGUCAUCUCCAGCAGCUUCUCCACAGACAAUCAGCUCAUUUGGAUCAUUUGGUCACAACAUUGGAAUGGCUUCUCAACCUCAAAGACCACUAUAUGGGUUUGGAUCUGGUUCCAGCUCAUAUACCAGAGGGUAUCCUAAUGGUGGAAUUUAUCAAGGAUCUAGUUUUGGGAGUGGAUCCCUUUCCAGUUUGGGGACAAAUACCCGGAGCUGGAUGAUAGUUGAUAAGGGCAGACGACGAGGAAGGGGAGCUGGAUCUGUCUGUAUUUGUAAUGGAACACUUGAUAUCCUUAACGAGCAGAACCGAGGACCAAGGGCUUCAAAAUCAAAGGACCAGAUCACCACUGAACAUGGUUCAUCUGUUGAUAGUGGCAAGAGCAGCAUAUGUAACGUUCACAUCCGUAGUGAGUCAUUCAACCGUCCAGAUUUUGUAACAGUAUACAACGAUGCCAAAUUCUGCAUCAUCAAAUCCUACAGUGAAGAUAAUGUCCACAAGAGCAUUAAAUAUGGUGUCUGGGCCAGCACACCAAAUGGGAAUAGAAAACUUGAUGCUGCUUAUCAUGAAGCUAAAGAGAGAAAAGCUGCAUGCCCAAUCUUUCUGUUCUUUUCAGUGAAUGCUAGUGCACAGUUCUGUGGGGUGGCUGAAAUGGUAGGGCCUGUAGAUUUUGAUAAAAGUGUGGAUUAUUGGCAGCAAGACAAGUGGAGUGGCCAGUUUCCUGUUAAGUGGUACAUUAUUAAAGAUGUCCCCAACAGUCAGUUCCGUCACAUUAUACUUGAAAACAAUGAUAACAAGCCUGUGACUAAUAGCAGAGAUACUCAGGAGGUAUGGUUUCAUCUUUCAUCUAUAAUCUCUGAGCGAAGUGCUAAUCAUUCUAAUCUCUAGUCAAUCUAGGACUGGCUUGAUCGUCAGACGUUUGUAGGUUGCCCAAUUUUGGCCUGCUUAACAGAUGGAAGAACAAGGAUCCUGGUUUGGCUGUACUUUCUCCAUUCCUCUUCUGAAUAUUGUUAUAUGUUCUUCAUGGUUUAAUUGGUCAAAACUAAAUUAUCCUGUGGCUAGAGGGUUUUAUUAUUUUGACUGUGAGGGAUUGAAGUGGCUAGGUGAGCUGCUUAAGCACUAGGAAAAUUCAAACUCUUACACAGCUGCAAACUGGAUUUCUACAGUUGGGUGUAAGAAGUUUGGAUCUUUGGCUAAUUUGUCAUUCGGUUUACCAGGUUAAAGGUAUGUGGUGUUAGGGAAUGAUGAGUUUUCAUCUUCCUAUGCCUAAAAAAAAAAAUAUGGCGAACAAGAAUCAGGGACCUGACAACUAAAGAUGAAAUCAAAAUUUUUAUCUAAUCCCUUGCUUUAUGAAAUUGGUCAAAGCUGUUAUCAAGCUCUCAUGAUACAUAUUAGUUAAUAUGAGAAUGAUUGAACUCAUAACCAAGUGUUUGCUUCACAUUGAAGGAUUAAUUCGGAAAAAUGGUUAUCUCAUAGGCAACCUGUUGCAGCAAGAUAUCAUCCUAGGCUUCCUGUAUGUCCUGCAUAAAAGAACAAACAAGAGAGAGUGAGCGUCGUGCUGCUCCAAGGGGUGACUCUCUGAUGUCUAAGUCAGAUCUCUCUGCAAACAGUAGUCCAAAUAGAAUGGGAAAGUUUUUGAUUCCCUUGAAGGGGGGGCUUAUCUGGGUAUUUAUAGGUGAUCGAUGGAGUUGGAGUGAGGGGGUCAUGGAUCGUCCCGACUUGGUAAAUGUUUUAAUACUGGUAGGAGUCUAAGCAUAGUAGGAGUUAUGUUUGGAGAGUGCAUAGAUAGUGGUUAUUCCACUUGUAGGAACCUUCUAUAUAUAGAUCGGUGGGGGAUUCCCCUUCCUUUUAGGGGCGACUAGGAGUCCUUUUCGGUGAUCUUUCUUGAUUAGGAUAGAUCCAUUCCUUGCUUGGAGUCUAUGUAUUCAUUUGAGAGUGGAUUCCCUUGCGGUGAAUGAGUUGCCUCCUUUAUGAAUGGUUCCUCCAUGCCAUCGAGACUUCAUGCAAGUGGUGGUAGUCUAUUCAUUACUGGUUCCAUAGUAGAGGGAGGGCAACCAUCUUUUCGUUAUGGAUUUUAAAAUUUCUUUCCGGAUCUCGACUAUUAAUGCACCGCUGAUUUUUGGGCCAAGUGUCUAGGUGGCGGUAGGCCUUGCCAGCUUUGAGUCAAUUGGGAGGAUCACUAUGAAGGUAGAUAAAUGGAGAGACGCCAUCAGUUGAUAGAUGAGGAGUUGAACCAUUGCACAUGCUCGGUUCGAGUCCCAUGCCCCCUCGACAGAUGUGUCAUAUCGUGGGAUGGCAUUUAAUGGCCCCCACUUAUGGGUUUAUAACCCCGUUUCUCUUGCUCCAUCUUCUUCUUUGCCAUUGUCUUCCCUGAGAGCACAUGCAAAUAUCACCCAUUACCUGCAAACUCUUUCGUGGCUGUUUAUUGGAUGCUUUUGAUUGCCUAUUCCGGUUUGUGACCACCCUAGUCGUCAUACCUUUGCCUUUCUGCUUUUGGACCUCGUCUCUGCUACCAGUGAGGCCUUUUUCUUACUCGUGUUUUCACUUUCUACUCUUCUUUUUUCCAUUUUAAUUGCUUAUUCUGGUGCUACUCCGGCAAUGGAAAUAGAGGUAAACGCCGCCACCAAUAGGGCCCUUCACUCCAAGGGCCUUAUUCCUCCAACGGAGCCCUCCAUUGGAGGUACCCGAACUUCUACCCCUGCUCUACCGUCGUCUACCACAGAGGGACCUAGCCUAGCUAUUCCUGGGGCCUCUUGGGGAAUUGGAUUGGCCUUCCCCAACCCUUCUGUGGAGUGUAAGUUGAAAAAGUUCCACAGUUCAGUGAUCAUCAUGGAAUUGGACGAGAUUUGGAGGAAGUACAACAUUCCCUAAUCCAUUAGCCUCUAAGUCCUCUCUGACCGAACAAGUGUACGAUUCGGUUGGUGAUGAGGUUUAGCUUUAUGAGGAAGAUUCAGAUUCCCCGUCCCUCCACUUCUGAGUGAAAUUUUCGCUCACCUCCACAUUUCCUCUCCGUAGCUCGUUCCCAAUUCUUGGCAGAACUUGUUAGGGUUUUGCGCCUAGUCUUGAGCAUCUGACCUCUUUCAAUCUUUUCCUGUACUGCUUUCACUUGAGCUCUCUUGAUCGCCUUCGAGGUUGGUAUGCCCUGAACCAGUGCUCGCAAAUAAAGUUCGUUCAGGGCAAGCCCUCUUCCAUCAAGGGAUGGAAGAACAAGUACUUCUUUGCCUUAGGUGUCAAGGGCCGCUUGUUGGCAACAUCUGGUUUUAGCCAACAUAACCAUAGUGAAUGUCAGGCGCAAGCUCAUGGGUCAAGACUAUAGGGCACUGGCCGAGAUGCAUGUGGCUGGUCAUCACGUCGAGACCGCUAAUCUAGGGGAAGAGGCUUUCCUCACUCGGUAUGGCUUGAGCACCGGUGAGCCAUCUGCCAAAUAACGAUAUAUUGUUAUCAUUUUUUUUGAAUUAUUUUCUAACUCUGGUUCUUCCUUUUGCAGUGCCGAUCGACCAACUGUCUUUUCAAGUGGCUCUCUACAAGGCUUGGAAUAAGGGUUGGGAAGAGAUGUUGCGAGAGCAAGAAGUUGAGUUUGCUCAGUGACCCCUGAAGAGGCGGAAGAAGAAAAAGAAAAGGGCCAUUGUUGUCCCUCCCUCGCUAAGGUGGCUACAACUGAGGCUGCUUGAUCCGCCACAAUGGAGCAGGUCGAGGUUUCCCCUGCAUUUGAGGGCACUAAUCUGCCUGCUAAGGAAGUUAUGUUGUCGAGAGGCUCGCCCUCAAUGUUGAUGGUACACAAUUAUCGAGUUUCCCAACCCAGAGGGACGCACUACUGAGAGGUCUGAGCGGGUCUGGGACGAGGUGGUUCUUGCCAAUCCUGCUGGGUCAAGGAGCGUGCCAUUUAAAGAGUGUUCGGUGUUCGAUGGGCAUGAGAUGGCCUACGUCUAGCAUCGUGAUGUUCGUUAUCCUCGGGAUGAACAGAUGUUAAAGGAUGAGGAACACGAAGAAAUCCUUAAAAGAGGGAGGACCACACUCGCCCGGGUAAAUGAAAUAAGCUUUCUGUAGCAUGGUGGUUGUUUUCGUGCUUUGAGUUACUAUCCUUUUUUUCUCGGAGCACAUGGCAUUUGCUGUGGAGACUUAUGAUCUGGCGGAGGCGCUAAACAAAAUGGUCGUGAGGCAAGACAAGGAGCUAGAGACCCUGACAGAGAAAAUCAUCGUGGCCACUGUUGAAUGUGAUACGGCAAUGGCCUCUCUGUCUGUAGCUCAAGAUCGAGUGAACUGUUCUUGAGGCCCAAGUCAUUACGGCAGAUGACGCCUAUAAAGCUGACCAGGCUUGCUGGGCUGAUCGGGAAAAGUCUCUUCUCGGGAGCAUCACCAAGGUCUCAAAGGAUUUGGCUUCAGCUCAAGCCCGUGUCCCAGAAAAGGAUGGCCUUAUUCAAUUAAGGCGGAAGGCCAAGGAAGUUGCUGACCGACAAACGACAAUUAGAGGCUGAUCUGAUGUCAGUCUAGGAGCAACUAGAGAAAGCGGGUGAACGAGCUAUAGAGGAGUACAAGGGCUCAAAGGCCUUUGACGCCUAUGUAUCAUCCUUUCACUUGGAUGCGUACAUCUUGGGGAGGCAUAGGCCUACCGUGACUUCGUCCUCGGGUCACAGUCUGCCUUUGAUUUUUCCCUUUUCGAGCUUGCUAACACCCUCACUUCAAAGGAGGAGAGGAGGCUUAAGGAGCAACAGUUGAUCGCUACUCAGACAGACGAUGAUGAGGAAGGUAUAGAGGAGUUGGUCGGGGAACGGUAAGACUUACUUUUUCUUACUUGGCCCUUCGGUCUUCUAUGUAAUGUCGAAAUGAAAAACUUCACCAAUUUUGUGCCUUAGAUUUUUGUUUCAUGCUGACCAACUAACCCUUGAUUUUAGUAGAUCGUUCUAUCUUGUGGGUUUGAACCCUUUUGUUGCCAUAUGAGGGUUGAUCAUCAGCGUUCAGUCCUUUUAACUGCUAACUUGGGUGGGCCAGUCUUUGCAGUUGCCGACCUAUAGUGGUCGAUUGCUUUUAUUGCCAACUUUGGGGUUGGUCUUCGCAAUUGUUGACCUACAGUGGUCAAUCUUUUUUUAUUUCCGACCUUAGUGUUUGUCUUCGCAAUUGCCGACCUAUGGUGAUCGGUCUUUUUUAUUGCCAACCUUGGGGUUGGUCUUCACAAUUGCCAACCUAUGGUGGUCGAUCUUUUUUUAUUGUAGCUUUGUAGCUUUUCAACUUCUUUGGUACUUCAAUUUGUGUCGUAAAAUAACCUUUUUGUCUUUGAUCUCCAUUAGAAUGUUAGAUCGAGUCUGAUUCAAUGGCUGGUUGUCCGGGCUUAACGCCCGAAGCUUUUUUGAGUCACGAUCAUUAUCUUUGGCACAUGCGGUAGUCCUCUUCUUGUCCAAAGCCCUGCAAUCCCUUUUCCCAUUGCCAUGUGCUCAUCCAUAGCCGCGUAUUUUUGACAUCGCUACAGUAGCUCGGUCAUACCUACCGGUACCUUCUCUGCCAAGGAUUUGACGAGCUCUUCAUGUCUCACCCCAUGAUGAAAGGCGUUGUAGGCUAAACCAUCCUUGAGAUCCUUAACCUCCAGAGUAGCUUCAGGGAACCAGCUAAUGUAGUCCCAGGAGACUCAUUAUGGCCCUUUUCAUAGCGAAGAGGCUUGCAACUGUCUUCUGUUGUCGGAUGCUGCUCUGGAAACUGGAUAUGAAGCCUUACCCAACUCAUCAUAGUUAUUUAUGGAUCUGGGUUUCAAGGUUGCAAACCAGGACAGGGAAACUCCUUUCCACGAGGCUGGGAAUGCCGGACAUAGCAACAUGUUCGAGUUUCCUUGGACGGCCAUCAUAGAAUUGUAAUGGCGUAUGUGGUCUACUGGGUCGAACAUUCCAUGGUACAUGAUGAAGACCAGAAUCUUGAACUUCUUUGGAAGAGGGGUGUUCAUCAGCUUGUUAGACAAAGAAUUGUCUGUAGGGACUGCUAGUAUUCUAGUGGUCGACUUCUUUAGGCUGUCGAUCUUCUCAUCAAGCUCGCACAUGCGACGGAAGUUCAUGGGGGAUUUCGACUUCUUGGUCUAUCUUCCAUUCCUCGGUGUGGAUGAUCGUCCUCUUCUUUGGGUCUCUGAGCAAAGACUCGAGGCGAGUUGUGCCUCCUUGAUAGACUCAUCCUUCUGGGGGGACUCGGCCUCCUUGGUGGGUCGGGCCUCCUAGUGGAGCUUCGUCCCCUAGGUGUAGAUCCUUUGGCUGGCUGACCCUUGAGGAGUUGAUGCUUCCGGGGCUAAGGUGUCUCCUCGAGCCACUGGGGGAUCUGUUAUGCCUGCUGGAAGUCCUGUGCCGGUCAGCGAGUGGUGGGUCUUGUCAUUGUUGCGUGUUCAUAGAACCUAUACGACUACCCACAUCCCGAUUAGGUCUUGGUCUUGGUGGCGGCACUCCACUCGCUUGAGCCACGGGAGGUGGAACAUCAGGAAGCGCUGAUCUGAACUACCGAAGUAGAUUUCUGAACAGGGAGUUCAUAGCACUUGAAGUUGUAAACCUUGCAGUUGUGAAUUAGUGGCAUAUGCGCUAGGAUCUAGCCGCUCAAGUGGUGGAGGAGGAAGGAUUUCCAUCGUGGGGUGCCGGUGACUUAGGCUCUAUACUGUAACGAUUCUGUUUUUUAAACAUGAUUUUGGGUCUGGCACACUUUUUUGCAUUUCUGUUUUUUUUUAGUGAUUCUGCUUCUUAAAUGCUGUGUGGUAACCCCAAAAAAAAAUUUCUCUUGUAACUUGGAAGAAAUAGAAACUUGUAUGGUUCGCACUUAGCAGAAUCAAUUCUGUUAGAAACCAAUAUUUACACAUCAUGGGUGUCAAAGUUUAAAUAACAUCUAAGGAUAGUCAAUGGUUUUUUAAUAAAUUCUAAGUUAUGGAAACCAUUAUUACACAAAUAACUAAAGUCAAAAUUAGACAAACAAUGGAGUAACUUCUUGAGCUAAACUUGACUCAUCACAGGACUCGAUCAUAUCCCCAGCAUCACCGGCCCCUAGAGUUUCCAACACGGUUGUUUGAGUCUCACUUCCAUCGCCGUCUGCAUAUGUAUCACCGAAUACCAUACGUAGUUUUGGCCAUUGUAGUAGUCCGUGCUUCUUAAAUCAUGCCCAACUAGGGUUAUCCUGAUAAAGAAAAAGUACUCUAAUCAACUACUUCACACUUGAAUAAAUAUAUCCUGGUAUUUCAAAGUACUUAUACAAAUUGAGCAUACCUUAAUAUGCAAUUCCUAGAUGGAUUCGUCAUCAGCAGUACAGGUUCUUGAAGCAGUAUCCCAACCGAAACCAGUUGUGUCCAAUAGCUUCUUAAAUUGACUAUAAUCCUGCCUUAAUUUAUUCACUUUUUUCCUCAAUUGUGCAAUGGUAUAGGUGACACCAGUUUUUCCUUUGAAUUUAUUGGCAAUGUUCCUCCAACCAACUUUGUCCUAUUGCAUUUCUUAAUUUCCUCUACCAUGAGAACAACAAGGGUGUCUCCAUUUGCUUGGCUCCAUUUUGCAUUCUCACUAACUGUUUGUGUUGAAGUUGCCAUUUUCUCACUAAUUUACCAGAAAAAUAUAUAUAUAUAUAUAUAUGAAUUUAAAGUCCAAAUUUAAGUGACCAUAUGAUCCCUUCCCUAAUGCAAUCCUUGCAACAUUUAGCAAUUUAGCCCUAAAAGUAAGUAGUAAUUGGUGGUCCAAGACUACAAGCCCAACAAAUAACAGAUGAGGACAAAGAAAUGAAUAAUGGCUUUUGGUAGCCAUCAUAGUUUUUAAGGCGCUAAGGCGAUGGAGGGUCUUUCGAAGCGUCUUAGCGAUAAGGCGGGCAUAAAGCGUCGCCUUAUUGACUAAAGCGUUCCUGUGUAAUUUUUUUAUAAAACCAAUCUAUUUGGCUCAAAUCCUAAUUGAAUCCUAUUACUCAUAUGUUAAAUAA